AUGGACAGGAUCGGGGUCUCGUUCCUGGACCCUCUGGAGGACUAUGAGCUGAUCCACAGGAUUGGGUGCGGCACCUACGGGGAUGUGUUCAAGGCUCGCAACAUCAAGACAUCUGAACUGGCAGCUAUCAAGAUCGUCAGGUUGGACCCUGCUGAUGACAUCACGUCCAUCCAGCAGGAGAUCACCAUGAUGAAGGAAUGCAAGCAUAAAAACAUCGUGGCCUACUUCGGCAGCUACCACAGGAACACCAAGCUCUGGAUCUGCAUGGAGUACUGCGGUGGGGGCUCCCUUCAGGAUAUAUACCAAGUGACGGGUCCGUUGAAGGAGAAACAGAUAGCGUUCGUGUGCAGGGAAACCCUUCAGGGUUUAUAUCACCUGCAUGAAAAUGGCAAAAUGCACAGAGACAUAAAGGGAGCCAACAUCCUUCUGACAGACAGAGGAGACGUCAAACUGGCUGAUUUUGGAGUGGCAGCAGAGAUCAGUGCCUCCGUGGCCAAAAGAAAGUCUUUUAUUGGAACCCCUUACUGGAUGGCUCCAGAGGUGGCUGCAGUGGAAAAGAAGGGCGGCUACAACCACCUGUGUGAUAUCUGGGCCGUCGGGAUCACUGCCAUCGAGCUGGCCGAGCUCCAGCCGCCCAUGUUUGACCUGCACCCCAUGAGAGCGUUGAUGCUGAUGUCCAAAAGCAGCUUCCAGCCACCCAAACUGAAGGAUAAAACCAAGUGGUCGGCAGGUUUUCAAAGCUUUGUGAAGAUGGCUCUUAUUAAAAACCCUCGUAAAAGACCGUCGGCUGAGACACUGCUGCAGCAUCCGUUUGUCACUCAGCUGCUGACACGAAACCUGAUCAUCGAGCUGCUGGACUCGGCCAACAACCCAGAGCUGCACUCCACGCUCACGCACAUCGAUGACAGCGAGCUGGAGGUGGAGGAAGUGACUCCAGACAAGAUUCAGUCAGCAGGAAACCAUCUGUCUGUGGAGAGGACCCUGUCUGAAGAACAAUUUGGCCAAGUGAAGUUUAGGCCUCCGGUGAGGAAAGUCACAGAGCCGUAUCCAGACUUGAGCUCUUAUGACGACGACUGGAGUCUGUCUGGAGAUGAAGACAACUCCCCACGAUGCCUGUUGCAAGUCUUGGCCAGGUGUUCAGCUACACAAGACAUCAGUCAGCACUGCAGUGACCCAUGUCUGUCACAAGACUACACUGUUUCAGCAGAGAAGACGACGGUUACCACAGUGUCCUCCUCUAAAAGGGAGACACCCUUUUCACUGGAGUGGAGCACACUUAGGAAGAAAACAGAGGACUCUAAAGCUGAUUUUCACGGACUACCCCCCACUCCUCAAGUCCAUAUGGGAGCGUGCUUCUCCAAAGUCUUCAAUGGCUGCCCUCUUAAAAUCCACUGUGCCGUCACCUGGAUUUUACCCAAAACGAAAGAUCAAUAUCUUAUUCUGGGAGCCGACGAGGGCAUCUACACACUGAACCUUAAUGAGCUUCAUGAAGACACACUGGAAAAGCUGUUACCUCGGAGGUGUACCUGGCUUUACGUCAUGAACAAUGUGCUGAUGUCUGUCUCAGGAAAGUCGUUGCAGCUUUACUCCCACAGUCUGAUACCUUUGUUCGAACAGAGAGGACAUCUGCAGAAGAAACACAGCAGCUUGUCUCUUGGCACCAGUCGCUUCACUGAGAGAAUCAUCCACAGGAAGUUUGCCAUAUCCAUGAAGAUUCCUGACACUAAAGGCUGCAGGAGAUGUAAUGUAGCAAGAAACCCGUACACAGACAGCACAUUUCUGUGUGCGGCCGUUCCGUCUGGCCUGGUUCUGCUGUUGUGGUAUGAGCCUCUGCAGAAAUUCAUGCAUCUAAAGCACAUAGCAGUCCGGCUACCAGACACGCUGCCGGUGUUUGAGCUGCUGGUGCUUGCAACAGAGGAGUUUCCUCAACUGUGUGUGGGGGUGAGACCAAGUGGUGAAGGAAACACCACAAGCAGCCAACAGCUGAAGUUUGACAUCAUAGAGCUGAACGGCACGCCAGUUCCAGUACCAGAUAACGGCGUUCUCAAAGCUGUGCAGGUGACCCAACUGGACCGAGACACAAUCCUCAUCGUCGUCGAAAAAACUAUCAGGAUUGUGGACCUGCGAGGUUUUCCAUCCAGAGAGCUAACACCUGAGCUGGUCUUUGACUUCCCAAUUGAAACACUCGUCUGCUUACAGGACAGUGUGCUCGCUUUCUGGAAGCAUGGCCUGAAAGGAAGAAGUUUCCACUCAGACGAGGUAACUCAGGAAAUUACGGACGAGAGUCGGGUGUUCAGAGUUUUGGGAAUAACCAGAGACAUCAUUCUUCAAAGUACGCCAACUGGUGAUCCCUCAGCCCUGAGCAACCUGUACAUCCUGACUGGACACGAGAGCAGCUACUGAGAGGGGACGCAGACUUCCUGAGGAGUCCAACAGAAGUGAAUGCAGAUGGUUGUAGAACCUCAGAGUCAGGGAGGUUACUACAACUUGGAGACAAAUGCAGAAGCUGACCACAACAACUCUUUCUGAGUCCUCAACUCGUUUCGCAUUCUCCGCAAGUGUUGGUGACAGUGGAAAGAAACGACUUCCUUUUAACAGGAAGAAGCCUCUAGCUGGAUCAGGACCAGCGUCCAUCUGCCUCAGCUGUCUGGGGUUUGAAAGAACAGGAAACAGACACAAACACAGGACUGGUCCAGAUGUGGUUUCUAUGGGGACACAAGAACACACAGAUGACAGCAAUAAUUGUAUUUAUAAAC